AUGGCUCUGAGGAUUGACAUGUUUGAUGUUUUUGACAAGAACAAAAGUGGAUAUAUAGAGCCGGAUGAAUUUGUAAUUGGAAUGCGUGGGAUAGUUGGUUCAAUUGCCGGCAGUGAUAUUGAGAAGGUCUAUACUUUGAUCCUCCGUGCGGCGGACGGUGUUGGGCUUUUUGAUGCUCGUGAUCGAAAACUGAAUCGCCACGAGUUUGAAAUCAUUGCUAAGCACACUCCAAAUGAUUUUGGGGUGGACAAAAUUGUUUGUGUCAUUCGCCUAUUGUUUGACGUCUUUGAUACAAAGCAGAGUGGGUUUAUUAGUGUUGCAGACCUUGACAAAGUAACAGACAACAAAAGUGGUACAAAGAGCGUCUCACAACAAAUGCGGACGCGUGUGAUGCAAAUGGCGUUCAAGAACGGGAACAACUCACUUAACUUCACGGACUUUGUUGAGUAUAUCAAAGAUUUCAUCAGAUGCAAUUAA